CGAUGAAUGCAUAAAUACAGAGAAAACUGCUGUUCAGGUACACAGCUUCUAUAACAAUUGGAAGAUAUUACUCGGAAGCCAGUACAUGCAUCAAGAUGAAUCCAACCUUCUUAGUGUUUGCACUAUCUGUGAGAUUUGUCACCGCUCAAGAUAGUUUCUGCAUUCCGGUCGUCAAAAUGCAGGCCAGCAACAACAGUGCAUCAUCUGGUGGAAAGGAAUAUGUCACAAAAGAACAUUUCGAUGAUUUAGUGAGACAGCUGUUUGUUAAUAUAUCCGGUACUAUCAGUGAAUACAAGUACGAGAGUGAACAAGCUGGAAAGAACUACGCCACGAAAGAAGAUAUUAAGGAGAUGAUGAGGCAGCUGUAUGUUAACAUAUCAACUGAAAUGAAUCAAAAGAGAUGUGAAGACUCCACUAAAAGUCAUACAACUUAUACGAAACCUCGUGACUGUCAGGAUAUCCAAACUGAAGGUAAUUUGACAACCGGUACUUAUACAAUAUACCCAGGUAAAAACACUGAUGGAAUCUUGGUAAGGUGUGACAUGAACACAACAACCGGGGGAUGGACAGUUAUACAACGACGCACUUCGAACACAGACUUUUAUAAAACAUGGAAUGAAUACGAAGAAGGAUUUGGUAACAUUAAGGACAAUUUCUGGCUCGGUAACCGUCAUAUUCAUGAAAUAACUAAUCAGGGUCAAUACAAACUGCGUGUUGAUCUCACAAGUAUGGAAGGCGAGACGGCCUACGCAGAGUAUCGUGAAUUUUCUGUUGGUGAUGCCAAUUCAGGCUACAAGCUGUUUGUUGCCGGGUACAAUGGAACUGCUGGAGACAGUCUGACAGGAAGCGGAAAUGGAAAUAAAUUUUCUACACACGACAGAGACAAUGACGUCUAUGGUGGGAACUGCGCAGUGUCGUAUCAUGGCGGGUGGUGGUACGAUAAAUGUCAUUCGUCCAAUCUCAACGGACAGUAUGGAUAUACAGGAUAUGCUAAAGGUCCAGUCUGGCGGCCAUGGAAAGGAUACUAUGCUCCAAUGAAAACUACGGAGAUGAAAGUACGAAGAAUUUAACAGCAACCAUGUAAAAAUAAUAUAUUUUUGACUGAACCUUACUUUUCAAAACGAAACACAAUUACAGAUCUUUAUACAGACUUUUAUUUUUUCCUAAACAAAUUGAUUAGUUUCAAUUUACCGACGUAAUGUUUCUUUUAUCCUACAUUCUGAUUUAAAAUCAUUCUUAAUUUAACUUCCCCACAAAAGAAGUGUUUACAAACUAGUUUUAAAUACAUGUAGUCGUACUUGUCUAUAACAGCAGUUUAAUACGUCAAAGUAAUACGUUACUGAAGUAUGUUGUCAAUAUACAUCCGUCUUUGCCUUUUAAAAACAGCUCUUAAAUUCUUAAUACAUGUAAUAUUAAACAAUAUUUAGAAAUUGCAAAUUUAUUACAUGUUCAAAUGAAAGACCUGAAUAUAUCGUUGCAUUUCCAAGCGAAGUAUUAUCCAAAGUUCAGUUGCAAUUGGGUACCCAUCCUCGACAAUCAAACGGAAGGCCUGGUUUUAAUUGAUACAGUCCAUAACACCAGUGGAUUCAGCAAAUAGAUUCCUCGACUAUCUGAAUUCAGUAAGGACUGUUUAAGACCAAAUAGAAAGUGAUAUUUAGUGUUACAUGUGAAUCCAAAAGUUGAAAAAAGAUAUGGUAUAAAGCGUCAGAUAAGUGUAUUUUAAUCUUAGCUUUAUUGCUUAUGGUAGUGAGAAAAUAUCUAGACAGCUUCCGGGUUUCAGUUUAUUCAUUGAGAAAAUGUCUACAUACGCGCAUUUUUUAAGCGAUUUCGUUAUAAAAAAUGUCUUUUGGUAAAUGCAACUAUAUUGCAUGGGGUCUAGCACACCUAUUAAAGUCAUAAGUGUGUACGUCUGUGCGAAGAAAUAAAACUGUUUCUAUGUGUACUUUCCAUACAGAACAAACUACUUUGUUUUUUUAUUAUUUUCAGAAUAUUCCAUAGAAGAGAUACUUUAAUGACUUUUUAAAAUAUAUUCCAACAGUUAUUCGAACAUAUAUGAAAUUCAUAUACCUUUUCACCGAUUUCAUCGAGCCCAGCUCCAAAACAUUUCUCUCUCGACUUUUUCAGUUACUUAGUAUCUUCUUUUAUUAUUUACGAUCAGGUGUAGAUCUUAGAAAAGGUCAAAUUCGCAUAUUUAUUGUUUGAGCCACAUUUUCCCUAAGACAUUUUUCCUCUUAUUUGAACUUUAAAGAUUUUUUAACGAACCUCUAUUACAUGUAAUAAGAACAUUUAAAUAUGCAAAAUAUUUAACUUAACGUCUAAAACAAGUUUGAUUGGGUAAUUUAAACUACAUAUUUCAGUUAUUUUGGACACAUAAAGUUUUAAAUUAUCAUUUUUGACUUUAAUUAUUGAUGGAUUGUUUUUAAAAUUUCAAGUGAGUUAGAAUAAAAAUAGUAUCAUAUUAA